AUGCCACAAGCGAAUGACCUACUGAACCACAUCGACACCGCGCAUCUCGUCAAAAUGGAUGAAGUCCUUGACCAACUUGACACUCUUGGCUUUGCUCAUAUUAAGCCUGACUUCUACUAUUCUACCGAUGAUUCAGAGAGUUUUUCUAACAUUGAAACUCUUCAAGAUACUUAUUCGAGUCUUUCAAGAGAUUCAGACCCCGGGAAUCGUCAUCGAGCCUAUGCUAGCUUUCAAUGGUCUCCUUUAAACAAUGAGUUAAUCAAAAAAGACUCAACUGAUUAUUUUCAAGCUAAGGAAUACAAUUAUAUUGAUGGUGGAAAGAUUCGAACUUUUGAUCCAAUUUGUCCAAGAUAUCUCAAGAAUUCUCUACUAAAAAGUGUCGUGGAAAAGGAUAUUGAUUUGGCUAAAGAGACGGGAAUCAUUGAUUUCUCUUCAAGUGUUGAGAUUGGCCUUCAUCAGAUUCGCUAUGUUGCAAAUGGAACUGAACCGGCUUUCAGUUCUCCUCUCUGGCUACAUCGAGAUGAUGAACCCCUCGUUUUUGUCCAUCUGUUCUCACUUUCUGAAAAUGCAAUUGGAGGAGACAAUCUGAUAGCCAAAGAUGUGAAAACAAUAACUCAUUUAAUUCGACUUCAAAAACCCUUGGAGACUCUUGUUCUCACCAAAAAGCCCUAUCAUGCAGUGACUCCUCUUGGAUCAUCUCAUGGGGCAGCUUUCAGAGAUAUUCUAUUAGUCACUUUUAUGAAUAAGAAAUCUUCUCUU